AGUUCAUUUCUGGACCAGCUUUCUUAAAUCCUUCGCUAGGGUUUAAGCUCUCCACUUUUCUCUCUCCGACGCCCCACAAUCACAAAAAUGUCUGUCUACCGGCUAUUCCGCCGCUCUUCCACCUCCGCCACCUUUUCCCAUAAGCCUCUAAUCCGAGCUCUCCACCAGAUCACCCUUUCUCCUGCCACACAAAUCCCUAAAACUAACCCCAUCACUUCAUCUCCACUCCUCCCAAAAUCCCACACCUACGCCUUCUCCUCUGCCGAAGAAGCUGCCGCGGAACGCCGAAGACGCAAACGCCGUCUCCGAAUCGAACCCCCGCUCCACGCGCUCCAAAGAAGUCCUAACCCUCCGCAACGUGAUCCGAACGCGCCUCGCUUGCCGGACUCCACCAACGCAUUAGUGGGGCCACGUCUCAACCUCCAUAACCGAGUCCAAUCCCUAAUUCGCGCUUUUGAUCUUGAUAACGCCUCUCUCUUAGCUCGUAAUGCGGUUUAUACAAGAACACGCCCGACUGUUUUCACUUGUAAUGCAAUUAUUGCUGCUAUGUAUAGAGCUAAACGGUACAAUGAUGCUAUUACGUUGUUUAAAUACUUCUUUGAACAGCAUGAUAUUGUGCCUAAUGUUGUUUCUUAUAAUAAUUUAAUCAAUUCACAUUGUGAUGAGGGUAGAGUUGAUGUGGGGCUUGAGAUUUAUAGACAUAUAAUUGCAAAUGCUCCGUUUAGUCCGUCCCCUGUUACUUAUAGACAUUUAACUAAAGGGUUGAUUGAUGUUGGGAGGGUUGAGGAGGCUGUUGAUUUAUUGAGGGAAAUGUUGAAUAAAGGCCACGGUGCAGAUUCUUUAGUUUAUAAUAAUUUGAUUAGGGCGUUUUUGGAAUUGGGGAAUUUGGACAAGGCAAAUGAGUUUUUCAGUGAGUUGAAUGAGAGGUGUUUGUGGUAUGAUGGUACAGUUAAUGCUACAUAUAUGGAUUGGUGGUUUAAGCAAGGGAAGGAUAAAGAGGGUAUGGAGAAUUAUAAGUCAUAUUUAGAUAGGAAAUUGAAGAUUCCUCCUCCUACUGGAAAUGCGCUUUUGGAGGUUUUGCUUAGGUAUGGGAAAAAAGAGGCAGCUCAGUGUUUGUAUGAGGCUAUGUUGGAUAAUCAUACUCCACCGACUAAUCAAGGUGUGAAUUCGGAAACUAUUAGUAUCAUGGUGAAUGAUUGUUUUAAGGAAGGGAAGUUUGAUGACGUGGUUAAUACAUUUAGGAAGGCAGGGACAAAGCCUGGGUCGAAGCCGUUUCAAAUGGAUGUUGCUGGGUAUAAUAAUAUUAUUGUAAAGUUUUGUGAGAAUGAGAUGCUAGCAGAGGCAGAGAAGUUCUUUGCAGAACUUUGUUCUAAGUCUUUAUCCCCAGAUGUCACAAGUUAUAGAACAUUGAUUGAUUCUUAUUUGAAGGUGGAGAGGAUUGAUGAUGCUUUAAGGUUGUUAAGUAAGAUGGUGCAGGAAAAUUUAUGGGUGGUAGCGAGUUAUGGGACAAGGGUUUUCUGUGAGCUGAUUAAGAAUGGAAAGGCAGUGGAGUGUGCCCAAAUAUUGACGAAAAUGGGGGAGAGAGAUCCAAAACCAGACCCCUCUGUCUAUGAUGUUGUGGUCAGAGGCCUUUGUGAUGCAGGUGCAUUUGACACGAGCAAGGAUAUACUAGAACAGAUGAUGAGAUAUGGUGUUGGAGUUCCUCCUGCAUUAAAGGAAUUUGUAGUCAAAGCUUUUACAAAUGCUGGGCAGAGUCAAGAAAUUGGGAUAGUCUUGGAUGAAAAUAGGUGGAGGAACACUUCAGGACCUCUUUAUACACAAAGACAACCUAGAAUGCCGUGGGGACAUCCUCAAAUGGCAAGAGAUCAAUCAUCUUCAUUUCCUGGACAAGCAUCAUCAGGUCAACCUCCAAUGGCAAGACAGCAUCCAUCUUCAUUUCCUGGACAAGAACCAUCAUCAGGUCAGCCUCAGAUGGCAAGAGAGCAGUCACCUUCAUUUCCUGGACAAGCACCAUUAGGUCAACCUCAGAUGGCAAGGCAGCAGUCAUCUUCAUAUCCUGGACAAGCACCAUCUGGUCAACCUCAGAUGGCAAGGCAGCAGUCAUCUUCAUAUCCUGGACAAGCACCAUCAGGUCAACCUCAGAUGGCAAGACAGCAGUCAUCUGCAUCGCCCUUCCAUAAUGAAGUCUCUCAGUUGGGCUUCUGCACCACCAGAUCCUAAGAGCGGAUCGUACCUUUGCACUUUCUUCAUUGCAGCAUUUUUCAUUAGUAGUGCUUACUUUAUCGGUGGUUCAUUCAUCCGAAAGGAAUAUAAAGAAUUGAAUGUCAAAGUUGCUGGGGGCUCUCACCAGUUACAAGAGCUAGCAGCACAUGGACUAACAUGCAAAACUAUGUGUAUGUGAUGAGAUUGAAGAUGGGUAAUUUAGGUCUGAACUUCCAUUUUGACCUGGAAAUGGGAGGACAAUGAGUUCAGUUUUCAACAUUUGCUGGUGUUUUCUGGACUUCAACUUAUUAUAGGUUGAUCACCUGCAUAUGUAGGCAGGCGAACUCUUCAAGUGAAACUAAAUUGUGACAGUAUUUAAAUUAAGAAUAGAGUUUUCACAUGUAUAGGAAGCUCAACAAUAAUUGAAACGUCGUUAUGAAAUCAAACAUAGAGUUUCGAUAUGGCA